AAAAUCCGCUAAGGGACUUUGAAAACGCUUGCCGCUCCGCAUCCUCACUCCUUUGGGAAUACAAAACUUUCUAACUAUGUCGGCAGCGAUGUGGAAAUGGACUUGCCUGAUUUCCCACCUGCUCCUAUCUACCAUGAUGCCAUCCCUCGCUAGGCAACAGCCGCCUCAUCCAAAGAGGCCCUUUGCCACUUUCCCUGGAGAGCAGGCAGAGGGGACUUUUAACCACUUGGUGGUUGAUGAAAAAACUGGGCACAUUUACUUGGGGGCCGUCAACAGGAUCUACAAACUCUCCAAUGACCUAAAAGUUCUGGUGACCCACCAGACUGGUCCAGAUGAAGAUAACCCAAAGUGCUAUCCUCCCAGGAUAGUCCAGACUUGCAAUGAACCCUUGACUCUCACUAACAAUAUCAACAAGAUGCUCCUGAUAGACUACAAGGAGAACAGGUUGAUUGCCUGUGGGAGCCUUUACCAGGGGAUCUGCAAGCUGUUGAGGCUGGAGGACCUCUUCAAGCUGGGAGAGCCCUUCCAUAAGAAGGAGCAUUAUCUCUCUGGGGUAAACGAGAGUGGCUCUGUUUUUGGAGUCAUUGUUUCUUACAGCAACAUGGAUGACAAGCUGUUCAUCGCCACAGCCGUGGACGGCAAGCCUGAGUACUUCCCCACCAUCUCCAGCAGGAAGCUCACCAAGAACUCCGAAGCGGACGGGAUGUUUGCUUACGUCUUUCAUGACGAGUUCGUGGCCUCCAUGAUCAAGAUCCCCUCAGACACAUUCACUAUCAUCCCUGACUUCGACAUCUACUACAUCUACGGCUUCAGCAGCGGCAACUUCGUCUACUUUCUGACCCUGCAGCCUGAGAUGAUCUCCCCACCUGGCUCCACCACGAAGGAGCAGGUCUACACCUCCAAGCUGGUCCGGCUCUGCAAGGAGGACACAGCCUUCAAUUCCUAUGUUGAGGUGCCCAUUGGCUGCGAGAAGAAUGGUGUGGAGUACCGGCUUCUCCAAGCAGCCUAUUUAUCCAAGGCAGGUGCCAUCUUGGCCAGGUCCUUGGGUGCCAGCCCAAACGACGAUAUCCUCUUCACAGUUUUCUCCAAGGGGCAGAAGAGGAAAAUGAAGUCCUUGGAUGAGUCUGCUCUGUGCAUCUUCAUCCUGAAAAAGAUCAACGACCGCAUCAAAGAAAGGCUUCAGUCCUGCUACAGGGGAGAGGGGACCUUGGAUCUGGCCUGGCUCAAAGUCAAGGACAUUCCCUGUAGCAGUGCGCUGUUAACAAUUGAUGACAAUUUCUGUGGCCUGGAUAUGAAUGCUCCUCUGGGAGUAUCGGAGAUGGUGCGAGGACUCCCCAUCUUCACUGAAGACGGGGACAGGAUGACAUCCGUGAUCGCCUAUGUCUACAAGAACCACUCACUGGCAUUCGUGGGCACCAAGAGUGGCAAGAUGAAAAAGAUCCGCGUAGAUGGCCCCACCAGUAGCGCCCUGGAGUAUGAGAUCGUGCAGGUGGUGGACACCGGCCCCAUAUUACGGGAUAUGGCCUUUUCAGUGGAUCAUGAGCACCUGUACAUCAUGUCUGAGAAGCAGCUGACCAGAGUGCCUGUGGAGUCGUGCGUGCAGUACAAGACCUGCAGCGAUUGCCUAGGCUCCGGGGACCCCCACUGUGGCUGGUGUGUGCUCCACAACACGUGCACCAGGAAGGAACAGUGCGAGCGCUCCAACGAGCCUCGGAGAUUUGCCUCGGAGAUGAAGCAGUGUGUCCGGCUCACUGUGCAUCCCAACAACAUCUCCGUCUCCCAGUACAACGUGCUGCUUGUCUUGGAGACCUACAAUGUCCCUGAGUUGUCAGCAGGGGUCAACUGCACCUUCGAGGACCUUUCCGAGAUGGACGGCUUGGUUGUGGGGAACCAGAUCCAGUGCAUCUCCCCGGCCGCCAAGGAGGUGCCCCAAAUCAUCAUGGAGAAUGGAGACCAUCACAUUGUCCAGCUCCAGCUCAAGUCCAAGGAGACAGGCAUGACUUUCGCCAGCACCAGCUUUGUCUUCUACAACUGCAGUGUCCACAACUCGUGUCUGUCCUGUGUGGAGAGCCCCUAUCGGUGUCACUGGUGCAAAUAUCGCCACGUCUGCACCCAUGACCCCCGUUCCUGCUCCUUCCAGGAAGGGCGAGUCAAGCUGCCAGAGGACUGUCCUCAGUUGCUCCAGGCAGACAAGAUCCUGGUGCCAGUGGAAGUGAUCAAGCCAAUCACCCUGAAAGCCAAGAACCUGCCACAGCCGCAGUCGGGGCAGCGGGGCUAUGAGUGUAUCCUGAAUAUCCAGGGCAACGAGCAGCGGGUCCCCGCCCUGAGGUUUAACAGCUCCAGCGUGCAGUGCCAGAACACCUCGUAUUCAUAUGAAGGGAUGGAGAUUAACAGCCUGCCGGUGGAGCUGACAGUCGUGUGGAAUGGGAAUUUCAACAUUGACAACCCAGCACAGAACAAAGUGCACCUGUACAAGUGUGGGGCCAUGAGGGACAGCUGCGGCCUGUGCCUGAAGGCCGACCCAGACUUCGAGUGCGGCUGGUGUGAGGGACAGAACCAGUGCACGCUGAAGCACCACUGCCCCAUCCAGGAGAACCAGUGGCUGGAACUGUCUGGGACCAAGGGCAAAUGCACCAAUCCCCGGAUCACCGACAUCAUCCCGGUGACGGGCCCUCGGGAAGGAGGAACCAAAGUGACAAUCCGGGGGGAGAAUCUGGGACUGGAGUUCCGGGACAUUGCAUCUCAUGUCAAAGUGGCUGGAGUGGAGUGCAAACCGCUGGUGGAAGGAUAUAUCCCGGCAGAGCAGAUAGUGUGCGAGAUGGGAGAGGCCAAACCCAGCCAGCACGCCGGAUUUGUGGAGAUCUGCGUGGCCGAGUGUAAGCCUGAGUUCAUGGCCAGGUCCUCCCAGCUCUACUACUUUAUGACUCUGACUCUCUCUGACCUGAAGCCAAAGCGGGGUCCAGUGUCGGGGGGCACACAGGUGACCAUUACAGGCACCAACCUGAAUGCUGGCAGCAACGUUGUGGUGACAUUUGGGCGGCAGCCCUGUCUCUUUUACAGGAGGUCCACGAAGCACAUUGUCUGUAACACCACAGCCUCGGACGACGGCUUUGAUAAGGUGAAGGUGUCCGUGAGGGUGGACAAAGCCAAGAUACAUCAGGAGUUGCAGUUUGAGUACAUGGAGGACCCCACCAUCCUGAGGAUUGAGCCAGAGUGGAGCAUUAUCAGUGGAAACACCCCCAUAGCCGUGUGGGGAACUCACCUGGACCUUAUCCAGAACCCUCAGAUCCGGGCCAAGCACGGUGGGAAGGAACACGUCAAUAUCUGCGAGGUACAGAAUGCCACGGAGAUGACCUGCCAGGCUCCAGCGCUGGCCGUGGACCCAAAUCACCAGUCCGAGUUAACCGAGCGCCCAGAAGAGUUUGGUUUCAUCUUGGAUAAUGUUCAGUCCCUGCUGAUCCUCAACAAAACCAACUUCACCUACUACCCAAAUCCAGUCUUUGAGGCUUUCAACCCCUCGGGGAUCCUGGAACUGAAGCCGGGAACUCCCAUCAUCCUAAAGGGGAAGAACCUAAUCCCGCCGGUGGCUGGAGGGAACGCCAAGUUGAAUUACACCGUACUGAUAGGAGAGAAGCCAUGUGUGGUGACCGUGUCGGACGUGCAGCUGCUCUGCGAGUCCCCGAACCUCAUUGGACGGCACAAAGUGAUGGCUCGAGUGGGAGGACUGGAGUUCUCCCCAGGGAUGGUCUACAUCUCUCCCGACAGCCUGCUCAGCCUGCCGGCCAUCGUCAGCAUUGCCGUGGCUGGCGGCCUGCUCAUCAUCUUCAUCGUGGCCGUGCUGAUUGCAUACAAGCGCAAGUCCCGCGAGAGCGACCUGACCCUAAAGCGGCUACAGAUGCAAAUGGACAACCUGGAGUCCAGAGUGGCUCUGGAGUGCAAGGAAGCUUUUGCAGAGCUUCAGACGGACAUUCACGAGCUAACGAGCGACUUGGAUGGCGCUGGCAUCCCCUUCCUUGAUUACCGCACCUAUACCAUGAGGGUGCUUUUCCCUGGCAUUGAAGACCACCCUGUCCUGAGGGAUCUGGAGGUCCCUGGCUAUCGACAGGAGCGGGUAGAGAAGGGCCUAAAGCUCUUCGCCCAGCUCAUCAACAACAAGGUGUUCCUGCUGUCCUUCAUCCGCACUCUGGAGUCCCAGCGCAGCUUCUCCAUGCGGGACCGUGGCAACGUGGCUUCGCUCAUCAUGACCGUGCUGCAGAGCAAACUGGAGUAUGCCACCGAUGUCCUCAAGCAGCUCCUGGCUGACCUCAUUGACAAGAACUUGGAGAGCAAAAACCACCCCAAGCUGCUGCUGAGGAGGACAGAGUCUGUGGCAGAGAAGAUGCUCACUAAUUGGUUCACCUUCCUUCUGUACAAGUUCCUCAAGGAAUGCGCUGGCGAGCCGCUGUUCUCCCUCUUCUGCGCCAUCAAACAGCAGAUGGAAAAGGGCCCCAUUGAUUCCAUCACCGGGGAAGCCCGCUAUUCGCUGAGCGAGGACAAGCUCAUCCGGCAGCAGAUUGACUACAAGACACUGGUCCUGAGCUGUGUGAACCCCGACAACGUGAACAGCCCAGAGAUCCCUGUGAAGAUCCUCAACUGCGACACCAUCACGCAGGUCAAGGAGAAGAUUCUUGACGCCAUCUUCAAGAAUGUGCCAUGCUCCCACAGGCCCAAAGCUGCUGACAUGGACCUGGAGUGGCGGCAGGCACGUGGGGCCCGAAUGAUCCUGCAGGACGAAGACAUCACCACCAAGAUAGAGAACGACUGGAAGAGACUCAAUACCUUGGCGCACUACCAGGUGCCAGAUGGAUCCGUGGUAGCAUUAGUCUCUAAGCAGGUUACUGCCUACAAUGCUGUCAACAACUCCACUGUCUCAAGGACUUCUGCUAGCAAGUAUGAAAACAUGAUUCGUUACACAGGCAGCCCGGACAGCCUGCGCUCCCGCACACCCAUGAUCACACCUGACCUGGAGAGCGGAGUCAAGAUGUGGCAUCUAGUCAAGAAUCAUGAGCAUGGAGACCAAAAAGAGGGCGACCGGGGCAGCAAGAUGGUGUCUGAGAUCUACCUGACCAGGCUGCUAGCCACCAAGGGCACUUUGCAAAAGUUUGUCGACGACCUCUUUGAGACGAUCUUCAGCACGGCACAUCGUGGCAGCGCCCUGCCCCUGGCCAUCAAGUACAUGUUUGAUUUCCUGGAUGAGCAGGCGGACAAGCACAACAUCCAUGACCCCCACGUGCGGCACACCUGGAAGAGCAACUGCUUGCCACUACGGUUCUGGGUCAACAUGAUCAAAAACCCCCAGUUUGUAUUCGACAUCCACAAGAACAGCAUCACAGAUGCCUGCCUCUCAGUGGUGGCUCAGACCUUCAUGGACUCCUGUUCAACCUCAGAGCACCGUCUGGGCAAAGACUCCCCUUCCAACAAGCUUCUGUAUGCCAAGGACAUCCCCAGCUACAAGAACUGGGUGGAAAGGUACUACUCGGACAUCGGCAAAAUGCCGGCGAUCAGCGACCAGGACAUGAACGCCUACCUGGCAGAGCAGUCUCGCAUGCACAUGAACGAGUUUAACACCAUGAGCGCGCUCUCCGAGAUCUAUUCCUACGUGGGCAAGUACAGUGAGGAGAUUCUUGGAGCCCUCGAUCAAGACGACCAGGCUGGGAAACAGAAACUCGCCUACAAACUUGAACAAGUCAUAACCCUCAUGAGCAUAGACAGCUGAGAACUGACCUGCCAGGGGAGCCCUGGGAGGGAAAAACCAACCCGUGCCUCAGUCAAGAUCACCAUCUUUACCAAGUGCAAGUGUAAGCAGAGUCACCUGAUCAGCGCUCUCUCUCUCUUCCUCUCUCUCCCCAUCUCUCCAAACCUAUAGACCCGGCCCCAGGAAUUCCCAGGAAAUGGUGGUGGAGGAAUCUCAGCUUUGGGGGACAUCGAGACAUUCAGGUGGAGCUCUCUUGUUCACAGCUCCCCCUUCCUCCCUCGCCCUAGAACUACCAUAUCAGCUAUAUCCAGAUGGGAAACUGGAAUGUGGCCUCUGCCAUGCUGCUUUAACUGCCCUCCUGGGCCCAUAGCCCCGGAGCGGCCGUGGAAACAAACUCAGUAUUAGAGUCUUGCCAAGGGGAAGCUACUCCCCUUUCUUGGCCUGCCUCCAGGGAUCCUAACGGGGGCAAGAAUGAACCUGGAUCCUCCUCCAGCAGAUCCGUUCCAGCACCUUUGGUCAACCUCAAUCCCAGAAGAGGGAAUUCAAGGCAGUUCUGGGAAGCCCCAGGGACCUGGUUAAAACUGGAGCAGGACCGUCGUGGCACGAGGGACUCUAACCGUCUGGGUAAACAGCAAUGUGAGCCGUUCUCUAGGGAUGGGGGGAAGGUGGGGCCUCACCUUGUCCCCUGCCCUGUUUUUCGUAGGUUUAUUAUUAUUUUUAAAACAGAUCUGUGUCCCUCCCUGUCUUUCCUGGUGUGUCCUGUCGACCGUAUAACUGCAACAAAAGGCUCUCUGCCUAGCUGGACCCUAUUGGUGGUAACUGUGUCCUCCUGGUGGCGUAUAGCACCCCGUUUCCAAAUACACCCUGGAGAAGACAAGCCACAAGGAGCCACGCUUCAUUCUGGCCUUUAAAAUCGCGAUGGUCCAGGAAAUGGAUAAAUUCGACCACGGGAUUUUUGUUUGUGUCUCUUCCUGAGCUGGAACAAGAUGGUUUUUGUUGAACAAUGUGGGGUGUUUGCUGCAAAACGUGAGGGUAGGUCCGUGGGAUAAUAGUCAAUAACUUCCUCUCAGGCUGCUCCCAGGAGGAAGUGACCUCGCUUCCUCACACGUACUGGGCCUUUUUCUUAAAAACAGUGCAAAGUUUUCUUCUUUAAUAUUCCCAACUAAGUGACUGUUUUUCGGCAACACCGAGCCACCCUCUUCCCCCUUGCUCUCCCGUCCUGUCCCCAGACGUUCCUCAUGUCCCACUCCCAUCUCCCUCCCCAACAAUUGACUCUUUUUUAAAGCACAGCUGGUGCCUGUAAACUAUCUCCCUGCUCCUUCCAUCCCCAGUGCCAGCACUCAUCUGCUUCCCCUCCCUCCCGAGGUCACAUUUGUCUCGGAAUAGGCAUGGAUGGGAGAUGAUGCUUGACCAGUCCACUCCCCCAGAACAGCUGCGUCUCCGAGGUCCAAGCCAUCUUGUAAUGAAACACAGGAGAGACCCAGUCCUCUUCUCGUUUUGUACGAUCGCAAACUGCUCACUUUGAUACCAUCUCAGCUCAGCGUGGCAGAGACACCAACCCCAGAGCACAAACCAGAAAACCUCGAAUUUGGCACAACACUGAGCAAGGAUGGAAGGAGGUGAUGGGUUUGCAACCCAUCCCCCAAGGAAAACAAGAGUGCUUGCUAAGAACACGCACAGGAGUGGACUGGAGCCGCCCGCAGCCAGCUGCUUCCAUCCACAGAGGAUAGGCUUUGGAGGAUGCAGGAGAGAGGACAUCUGUUAGGUGUGAUGGGGAGGUGAUGGUCAGAUCUGGUCUGGUUCAUAUAUCUUGCUAUGAAAGCAAAAGCACUGUGUGACAGCGUAUUGCCCAUGGAUUGAAGGGUGGGCAGGGUGGGGGAAAAGAAUUAGAUAUCAAGCUGAUUUCAUUCAUCCACACACUUAAAUACAUAGGCAGUGCUUUCAACGGUUGCAAGGAGGUUGUUGUAAGAUUUAUAUUCAAACAGCAAAGCUUAGGGACACAUUUUAAUUUUUAAAUACCAGAUGUGUGUGUGUGUGUGUGUAUGUGUGUGUGUGUGAUUUCUUUUCGUUGUGCUUGCUUUCUUUUACGUUGGUCAACUGAUUGACUUGUCACGCACCUUAUGGACAUUGCAACACUUGCUAGAGGACUGAGUGCUGGGGACGUUUUGGUUUGGGUUGGCAACGUCAUGGUUUUAAUAAUUUGGUUAGGUUGCAAUGUGUCCCUGAUUAGAUGGUUAUGGCAGUGGAGUGGAAAGAGCCAUGGGUGAUAAAGAAACACAUAAAAAUUGCUUUUUUAAAAAAUACAUUAAAAAAUUAAAAAUGAAAGAAACCAAAGGUUUUGACAAAGUGCCACAAAUGAUAAAUACAGACUCUAUUCCCAUGACUUUUACUCAGCAGGCUGGUCAGAUCUAAGGAUAAAAAGCUGGUUUCGGAGAGAUGAGUGACCGGCAGCCAGCUGUGCUGCCCAGAGAUGGAUUUUGUUUGCACAUGUGAAGGGAGGGAAGGUGACAUUAUAUGUAUAUAUAUAAAAGAGGUAUUGAAGGAAACACACAUGAUUUUGCACAGCUAGAGAAGUUAAAAAAAAAAACCUGGGAAAGAAGACAUGUGUCCUGAUUCUGGUUAGAGUUUGCAGGUUUUUAUUAUUUACAUUUUUUGCCGGUACAGAAUUUUUCAACAUUUUUUUUUUAAUUUGUCAAAGAAAAACUUGAACACCACAGAGAAAUGGCGAGAAUGAAAAACUCACUGGAAACAGGAAGCAUUGUGAGCUUCAAACCCUGCCCCCCUGCCCCCCCUACCCCCGAGGAUUUUAGACAAAUCUAUAUUUUGCUUCAUUUUUAUUUUUGUAUCUGAGCUUUUGGUUGGUUGGUUUUUGCCUUGAAAAUGUGCCGAAAUUGUGAUGUGAAUGUGUGGGCUCUGCUCUUCAUCCCCCUCUGCCCCCGCCAACUCCCACCUUCCCUGUCCCCACAGUCCUAGGAAAUGUCUUGACCCCCCCCAAUUUAAUUUAAUUUAAUUUUUUUACGUGCAUGUAAAAUACAAUUACAAACAAAGCCACACAAACAGAAGGAAGAAUGAGCCUUGGUAUCAUCUAGGUGAGCUACUUUCCUGAUUUCUUUGCCUAUGUCUUUUCUCUGGCUGCCUGUGAUCACCCAACCUGAGUGGUAUGUCAUGCUCAGGCCUGGGAUUUAAGCUACCCAUUGAGGGUUUGAUCCAAAGCCCACUGAAAUCAGUGGAGAAAUGCUCCACACUCCUGGCUUUGCCUCAGGGCCCAGAGUUCCUAGAUCACUUAUUGCUAUUUCAUGGGUGCGACCCACAUGCUGCAGGCAAGACAAUUACAGAGCUCUGAAUGUCACCAGAUGUCAGGAGGCAGGGCUGGGAGACUCUGGCAGACAGAUCCUAGCACUGGCCCUGUGGGUAUAGGUAGAGGAAUGGUGUCACUGCAGAGUUAACUCGGGGGAUCAGCACCUGGGUCUGAGCAUGGGGCAGCCAUACUAUAAAGCACUGCCUAAAUGACCAUGUCCUCAUUGGUGCCGUGCUCCUCCAUCUGUGUUGCUAGGACUCCCGGAGCAUCUCCCAUGGUUCCUUGUGCUGUGAUAGCUGAGCUGCUCUAUGAUUCUUUCCUAGUGAAUUGUGGGAGAACUUGGCUGCUCUUCUGGGUGCCUGGGGGGAUUGUGGGCAGCACUUGAGUGAUUUAGCCUGAGUCCUCACUGCAAGGUGGGUGGUGUACCAGCCUGAGUGAGAACAGAACCCAGACUGUAGUGUCAUCUGUAUCCCCAGCUAGCCCGGCGAGAGGGAUUUGUAUGUGGACAGGCAGCAGGCUAGGGGCAAUGGCUGAGUAACUCAGCAGUGCAGCCAUACCUUGCUGUCUGUAAAGGUGGAACCUUUAACAAACACUGUGAAGCGUAGGGAUGAUACAAACCCAAGAGAAAUCCUGGAACCUUCCUUCUUCUUCCUUGCAGAUGGGACUGAUCCCACACUGGUCCUAGGCAGAUUAAAUUCAUAGGCCAGAUCCUCAUCUAUUGGACACCUGCAUUGCUCCACUGGCUUAAAGGAGCUGCAGCAUUGAUUUACACAAGCUGAGGCUCUGACCCCUGUGCUUACCUCUUCGUCUCAUUCAGAUUUUGGUGCCCAGGCAUGAAAGCUAAGAUCUAAUGAGGCUUUGCCAGCUGAUAGUUGAUAAUUGUAGCGCUUGUCAAAAUUGCCGUGCCUGCUAAUUUAACUAUCUUAACCAUCAUCCCCAAGUGGAGGCUCUUACCCUAAUGAGAGCUGGUCAGGGCAACAAAUUCACAUUUUGGACAUUAAUAGAGAUAGAAUUUUUAAAGGCUAAUGGCCUUUUUCACCAUUGGUGUAGAGAGCCAGCACAAGGCUUACGUGCUACUCACAUCAGUCUUCAGGUAGAUGUAACUAGUGGUCAAGAGAUGACACAGCACAAGAAAACGUUGGCUGAUAUCAAGAGGAAACGGCCUAAUAACAAGCUCUAAUGUAGAGGACAACCAGAGCCACAAAGUUUGGAUCUUUGGAUGGACCCCUCAAUAUGUGGCAUAGUCUCCCAAGGGAAGUGCUAGAAACCCAAAUGGAUUAAACUGGGCUGGGAAUAGCACUGAGUUGUGACUCUACAGGUGGGCCUCAAGUACAAUCCUGUACUCACAGAGGGAUGGACAAAAAACUCAAAUUGUGCUUGUCUUUCCUGCCUCUGACAUCUAUGCCUAUUAGUAUGACAGGCCUACACUCAGCUGCUGCUAGGAGAAUAUGGCCAGAGUAUCAUUCUUGUGGCCUGCUGCUCAUUUUGAACACUGGGAUUUGGAGAAAAGACUUUAAUCAACAGCAGCAGCUUUAAAAACAUGAGAGUGACAAGUAAGGCCCUGACGCAAAGCCUAUGGAAGUCAGUGGAAAUGUUCCCACUGGCUCCAAGGGGGUUUGGAUCAGGCCCUAAUGGCAGCAGAAAAUUGACAGGCGUUUCUUACUGUGAUUGAUUUUCCCAGCUCUAAUUAUCUGUGAUUCAGUCACUGGAAAUUUCGGUAAGACAAACAGAAAAGCCAGGGUGAGGAGAAUGAACUGUGUUUCCUCCAGUGGGGACGUCCUUGUUCAAGGUCCCCUCAGUUAAACCUGUCUGAAAUUCGUUGAAUUUUGAGAUCUGAAAAAUAAAUGUUGGCAACAUUGUAACUAAAUUUAUCCCCCUCCACCAUCACCACCCCCACACAUAUACACACACUUGUUUUUAUUUUUUGACCAACUCUGGAGACUACAGGAACAAACUACCUAGGGAAGUGAGGAAUUCUCCACUUCGUGAUGUCUUGAAAUCCUGAAUGCCUGUCUGGAAGUUAUGCUUUAGUCAAAUACAAGUUAUGGAGCUAAAUACACACGUAACAGGAUAAAAUUCAGUGGCCUGUGAGCGAUACUGUAUCCAGUUUUGGUCACCGCUAUAUAGAAAGGAUGUAGAGAAACUGGAAAGGAUCCAGAGGCGAGCGACAAAGAUGAUCAAAGUGCUGGAAUGCAAGUCAUAGGAGCAAAGGCUGGAGGAACUGGGUAUGUUUAGUUUGGAAAAGAGGAGAUUAAGGGAGGACAUGAUCAUAGUCUUCCAAUCCUUGAAAGGCUGCCAUAAAAAGAUGGAGAAAAAUUGUUCUCUCUUGCCACAGAGGGCAGGACAAGAGGUAACAGGUUCAAACUCCAGCAGAGCAGAUUUAGAUUAAAUCUCAGGAAACACUUCCUCACUGUAAGAACAGUAGGCAAAUGGAACAGACUGCCAGGGGAGGUUGUAGAAGCUCCUUCACUGGAGGUUUUCAAAAGGAGGCUGGAUGGCCAUCUGUCUGGGACGGCUUAGACCCAACCAAUCCUGCAUUUGACAGGGGGUCAGACUAGCUGUCUCACGCAGUCCCGUCUAACCCUGGGGUUCUAUGAGUCUAUGAUUCUGCUGGAGAUCUUUGUACUAGUAACAAGAUUUAAAUGCAGCCAACUUCCUUUGCCCAGGCCCCGGAACAAUAGAACAGACUGCCAGGGGAGGUUGUGGAAGCUCCUUCAUUGGAGGUUUUCAAAAGGAGGUUCAAUGGCUAUCUGUCUUGGACAUCUUAGACCCAACCAAUCCUGCAUUUUGGCAAGGGGUUAGAUUAGAUGUCCCUUGUGGUCCUGUCUAACCCUGGAGUUCUAUGCUACAGGAGGUCCGCCUUCUGGCCUUAAGCGCUGUGAAUCUAUGAGCUGGUGAAAAUGGCUUGAAUUUAAAAAGAAAAGGUUGAAGAAAAAAUGUGUAAAAUUUUUUGGGAAAAGAUGGUAACGAGUUUUUCCUUUUUUAAAAAAAAACCUCAUUGUGAGGGACAGCCCUGGCACCCAGCAGCAACCCCCCUGAAGUUUGGAAAGUGCUAUUUAUAGGCCACACAACUUUAUUAGUGUCCCUUUGACAUUACCAGGUAAAUUGAAAUAUGGAAACAGCCCCAUCUUCUGGUCUUGGAAGCUGUCCCCAACUUGCAGUAUGGGCAAACCCUGGUCUAGAUGCCCCUGUUUUGGAGACUUCGGAGAACACCCCCUAGUUCAGACUUCAGGGGUUUGUUCAUCACCAAAGCUCCGUGGCUUUCUGUGCUAGGAUAGGCCACUCCCUGGUUUGAAAAUGCCACAUGCAGAGAAGCUAUCAGCCAUAAAUCCAGGUGCCCCCCACCCCAAAGUUCUUCUCCUUGAUUGUGCAGGGCUGAAGAAGCAGGGAAGAGGGGGUGAUAUGUAAAUGUGUGGGCCUCCCCAGCAGGGGGUGCUGCAUGGCCACCAAGAAAAGACCCCCGUGGUCGAGAUCCUCCACUGGUGUAAAUCAGUGCAUGGUAGUGCCACUGAAGUCAAUGGAUCUGGCCCACUGUACCUGCAAAGCAGGUUACUCUAGCAGGGACUGAGCAGCCCAGUGACCACCCCCGUUCUGCUGUGGAUUGCGAUGCAAACGAGGACCACUUGCCACUGUGAUUCAGCGAGCUGCCAGGACCAUUGUGCAUGGGGUGAACGAUGCCUCCCACCCUCAUUCUCUCACCCUUUCUUUUCUAGUUUUGACACAGCUGCUGUUCCCGUUCUUAGAGAAGCAGCCUGAUCUAAUGGAGUGAGCCCAGUGCCAGGAACGCCUGAAUUCUAAUCUCAGCUCUGCACCCACCUCCUUGCCUGGCCCUGGGCAAGUCCUUAACCUCGCUUCCCCUUCCCGUGGAACAGGAGAGUAGCCGUGCCUGUCAUGAGGCCUUGAGGGUUAACGAUUGUUUGCAAUGCACUUUGAAAAUGGGAAGUGCUAAGUAUUAAGGAUUAUUUUUGUCACCUGAGUUCUCCACCCUAUUUUAGAGGUGCUCAGCAGGGCCCAGGCUUAAGGGGGAGAAUUAAUUUGCAGAAUGAUGUCGAAAAAAGAUUUAAACCCAGAAAAUCUUACCCCGCCAAAAAGAAUAAAUAAAUAAGCGAGCGCAAAUAUAAAGCUGCUUAUGCUGAUCAAAUGGUCACGAGUGCGAUUUUUUGUUGUUGUCGGCGUUGUUUAUUUGUUGGCUUUCUGUUCUAAAAAUGGAGUGUUUACCUCAAAAAUUUGUUUCUACUUGGAAACAGAUUACCUUCAAGAGACUUUUCACCUGGGAGCAGCAUUCAGGGAAGGUGGGGAGAGGGAACCUUUAUAUUAAAAGAGAGGGGAAGCAGUCUAUGGUUAGUACAUUUCUGCAUUUCCCUUUCAAUGAAAAUACACAUGGCCAGAUCCUGAGAUAGGCUCCUUCCUAAAUCACUCCAUUGAGUCCAGCAGGGUUUGCAGCAGCUCAGCUGUACCAGGGAUUCAGCUUGUUAGCAGAUUUUUCGUUCUGCUCUCAAAUUCCUCUGCUGGGUUCCUUCUCUCUGCACACUGCAAGCUGGCUGCAUUCCUGUGUGCCUGGGAUAUGGACCUGGGGUCCCAUACCCUGCACUGCAGCUUCAUCUGCAAGAUUGCAGAGGGGAUGCAGAGAUGGACUAAAAUUAUACACUCAGAUCAGGAUAGCCACUGGGCCAGCUUCUCAGCUGCUGUAAACCAGGGUAGUUCCAUUGACAUCAACAGAGCCACCCAAAUUUCAAUGAGCUCCUUGCACCAAUGCAAUCAAUGAGCUAUCCAGCCCAGAACCCGCAAUGGGUCUGAUUCACAGAUCUAGAUUAUGCCGCUGUCUAUAAGAUCCUCUUCUACCUCUAGACUCCAGCGUUCUGCUGGUUGAAUACCUUCAAGUAUCCAGAGAGCUGGACUCUGAAAUUCUGCUUCCCGGGCAGAAUUUUGCCAUAGGGGAGGGAGGCUAUUGUUAAAGAUGGAAUAGCUUCCAGUAAAUGGAAAGCAAGGAGAACAUGAGGAGAGAACAGAUCCAUGUGGCUGACCAGCGAUCUCUCCUCUGAUCUGAAACCUCUCUUCAAAGACAUCUUUUCUCUAGUUGUCUCGGCUUCCUGAGCUAAGCCAGCAAACCGACAGUGCACAAGCUGCUUCCUGCACAGUAACUGUCAUGUCCAAGCCAACACAGAAAUAUCCUGCACAAACUCUGUGUUGUUUAAAUGUCAGUGCUGGCCUUUUGCAAAUCCUGGGAGCAAACUGUUUUCCAACACAGUGAGGCGGGGGUGGGGAGAAUCAAAGGGAGAUCUAAGUGUUAGCCCAACAUGCUCUCAAAGGCCCCCCAAACACUGCAUUGGCUAACAAACCAGUAUAACGAAAAGGAGGACUUGUGGCACCUUAGAGACUAACAAAUUUAUUUGAGCAUGAGCUUUUGAGAGCUACAGCUCACUUCAUUGGAUGCUUAUGAUCAAAUAAAUU